AGCUCGAGUAUCGAUUAUUUGUCGAACAUACUCAUCACAUCGCUCAGGUGCGAACACGUUCGCCCGUUCAGACGCGAGAAUUUAAAUGCAUCCAACGUGCGCUGGUGGAGUAGUGGGAACACGUUCGCCUCACAUUGCUUCCCUUUGGUGUGGAUUCACAUGAAUAAUUGCGCCAGGACAGGAGGACGACUGUUCAAAACGAGCCAUGUGAAACUGAAGGAAACUGAACAAUACACCUCCCGCAAAAUCCCCACUGUGACAGAUGAGAUGAAUGCACGAAUCUGCAAGGCUCGGGCCGCGUUUGCUAACUUGAGACACCUAUGGCGUCAGAAUGGUUUAUCCCUGAACCUCAAGAGACUUGUGUAUCAAGCUACAGUGUUUGACAAUAGUUGUCUCAGAAACAUAGCUCGUGUGUAUUGGUGUCGGCGAAUCCGUAACGAGACUGUUAGAAAGCGCGUUUUCGGUUAUGCAAUGGGUACUUUCAUUGAAGAAUGUGUCCAGCACCAGAAGCUGCUGGUUGCACGCUCGCCUCGCAUGUCACAUGUCUGGGGUUCAAAUCCUGGCACGGCCAUUGGAUAUGCACUGCUGUUGAGCUCUAAUAAGAGCGAAACUCGAGUCCAGUGCUUCCCUUUGGUGUGGACUCAUCGGAAUAAUUACGCCAGAACAGGAACACGGCCGCCGUUCAAACGAGAGUGGUCUGGCUAUGAACAAAAUAUCUACCCCGAAAAACCUCAAAACUAUGCUCAUUCUCUUGCUGCUGUUCAGCAGAGCAUAUUGGAUGCAUGGCAAGGUAAAAGAACGAAGGAACAAAGGCCACCCUGGCUGUAUUCUGGGACUAGGAAGAUGAUAACAAUCUCAGUCUUGUGGCCUCUAACAGAUGCGACGCAGAGCAUGACACCAAGCCAAAACCCCAUAUUGCUUGCAAGGCGCGUUCCAAUCCAUCCACCCAACACCCACACAACGCACGAUCGCACUGCCUGA